GUCUCUCUCUCUCAGCGCCGCUGGACAACCAACCAACAAACAACGACAACGAGUAUCAAACAACGACAAGAAGCCGUAUCGACUCCACACCGCGCUGUCGAGUUUGCCACAAGAGAAACCCAAACCUCAACAACGUGUGUUUGGUGUAAGUGAGGGUUUGACCAGUGACGACGCACGGUACUUGCAGAGUUGUCAGUUCAGUAUGAUUUUCAACCCGCACAAGCUCGGGCUCCACAAAAUUCUCAAGCACAUUCCUCUCAAUGCCAUCUUUGAUGCCCCGUACAAGCGAAAGCUCGCCAGAGCGGUGAAUAUUGCGGAUCUUCGUUUGAUCGCCAAGUCGCGUGCGCACAAGAUGGUCUUUGACUACCUUGACGCGGGUGCCGAUGACGAGAUCAGUCUCCGGCGUGGCAAGGACGCGUAUUCCGAAUUCGAAAUGCACUACAAGGUCCUCGCCGGAAUCAAGCCUCCACUCGACUUGUCGACCAAGAUCUUUGGCCAGGACGUCACACUCCCAUUUUUCGGUUGUCCGACUGCCGGAAACCGAAUGUUUCACUGGGAAGGGGAGACAGCGGCGGCCAAAGCUGCCGAACACCACGGAACCAUGUACGGACUCUCUUCCCUCGCAACGACCGGUAUUACCGAAAUUGGCGAGCUAUUCAACGGACCCAAGGUCUUUCAACUUUACGUCUGGAAAGACCGUGAACUCGUCAAGGAUGUCCUCGCCAAAGCCAAGGAAGGAGGCUUCAACGCUUUGGCCCUCACCGUAGAUUUCACUUGGUACGGAAACCGUGAACGUGAUAUCCGUAACGACUUUUCCAUUCCACCCAAGUACAACAUCACCCAGACCAUUGAAGCCAUCCGAAAGCCGGCCUGGACCUACGACUUUCUCUCACACGAACCUUACACCUAUGCCUGUAUCAAUACCGACGUUCCGGCUGACUCACUCGCCGCCUUUGUCAACAGUCAGUUGUCGCCCGAGUUCAGCUGGUCCGAUGCCGAAUGGCUUUUGGGCGAAUGGAACGGACCGGCCGCUCCCAAGGGUGUUGUCCGUCCGGAAGACGCCAAGAAAGCCAUCGAAAUCGGCUUCUCCAGUAUCUGGGUUUCCAACCACGGUGCCCGACAGCUCGAAACCUCACCCGCGACAAUUGACGUCCUCCCUUCCAUUCGUGCAGCCGUUGGUCCAGAUGUCGAAAUCAUUAUGGACGGUGGUGUACAGCGCGGUACCGACAUUUGCAAGGCCUUGGCCUUGGGUGCCGACGCGGUCGGUGUCGGGAAACCGUACCUCUGGGGACUCGCCGCUGGCGGUACCGCCGGUGUCAUCAAGGCCUACGAUAUUCUCAAAGUGGAGCUGGACCGUGCCAUGGGUCUACUGGGAACACCGACCGUCGCCGCUCUGAAAAAGGAAGGCCCUUCGCUCAUCAAACGACGACCCGGUAGUGCUCGUGAUUACCCCGACAUGUACGCCUACGAACGUGGCUACGGAGGUGGUGUGGUAUAA